AUGACCGAUUCAGUCGCGCACGCCUCACCGACAUGGAGAACGAACUCAUUAGACCCGUCGCUGCAACCGGACUGGAUGAACGGCACGGCGGAGUCAGAGGCGGUCAAAACAGCGGAGGAUGAUCUCGAGCGCUCGUACAAGAACAAGCCAUUCUUCAAGGACCCAUGCUACGAGAAAUUCGCCAGAUCACGAGACGAGUAUGACAAACCGACGCCCGACGGCCUCGAGGAGUUCAAGCGCCUCUUACGGGCGAGUUAUCUUCGCACCGUAGAGCGCAUCGAUAAAGAUAUCCGAGUUCUGGAAGCGCAGCUACAAGACGAGAAUAUCUCCGAAACGCGACGGUCGGUUAUCCCGCAGCACAUCGAGGACACUCGUGCGAAAUUAAAAGAGAAAGACAAUUCAUUGAACGCGAUGUGCGCCGAUGUGGAUGCGGUUAUCGCAGAUUUGAAAGGCUUGCCCGAUAAAAUUGCCGACAUAAAAGAACACGCCUCUGAACAACUCCAGCAACACAAAAGAAAAAGGACUAGUGUAUCUUUGGAACGCAACCUCGAGGAGUUGAGCGAUGCGUUGCGCAGCUACGAGGCGAAAAUGGAACAACAGAGGCUCACACUGUGGAAUUAUCGUGGGAAUUAUGGGUCAUGUCCACCCCAGUAUGUUGGCCACCGAAGUGGCUCAAGUAGCUUCAUUGUUCAUCCUGUGGGUGUCAUUGGCUGCGAUGGCAGUAACCUCAGCGUUGAUGGAUACGUUAACUAUGAUGGUUAUGGUCAGUGUAACGUACCAAAGUGGCAGCCUGAAUGGGGACCUGAGAAGCAAUUUUGUGCGUGCAAAAGCUUCCAAGAUUGGUACAACAAAGUUGGCGCCCAAGACCUUCUUUACAGCGCGCUUCGUGGCGUAGAGGGCGCGCUAAAGGCGCUCAGUGGUUCGGGAGAUGACACGUCUUCGCUUCGACGGCGCAUGGGCGAUGCCAAUUUGGACGAGGCAAGCACGGGGAGUUAA